UCCCUCCUUCCCUCGCUCUCUCCUCUCCAAGGAAUCAAGCACCCAACCAGAACCAGGCAGGCAGGCAGCCAUGGCCGUGGCCUGCGCGCCGCUCGCGGGCAGAUGGGAGAUCGGCGGCCCGGGGCUCCCGCUCGGGGGCCUGUUCACGGAGGCGGAGAUGGCGGCGGCGGACCUGCUCGUGCAGCUCAGCGGUAGCGGCGGAGGGGACGACGGCGGGGCGGCGCCGGAGUCGCCGCGGUCGGUGAACACGUGCGCGGGCGCAGCGGCGUGGGCGGAGGAGGAGGAGCGGGAGCGGGAGGCGGUGCUCGGUCUCGAGCUCGACAGGAGGGCGAGGAAGAGGUACCGGCUGGUGUCGGAGCUCUACGACGCCACAAGGCCCGUGGCCGGCGCGGGCGCGGGCGCGGGCAGCGCCAGGAAGAGGAAGCGGGGUCACCGGACGGAGGCGGAGGCGGAGAUGGCGAUGAGGUACGGAGAUCAGCGCUUUCUAGGCUUCUAGAGGUAGACCGGGAGAUGGAGGAAGAGUAGAGGUAGACAGGGAGACGGUGGGAGAUGGGAGGGAAGGGCUUUUGUGUAAUUACAGAAGAUUCGUAGGGUCUGUUUUGCAAUGUCGGUCCUUUUGCUGCUUUUCAAAGUAGAAGUAGAAGAAGGGGGAGCAAGACAAGAAAAGUGAAGCUAGCUUGUACAGAAAGUUGGUAGUGCCGCUACUACGUUUUGAAUUCGAAUUUUGGAUGUCAACUGGGCCACA